CUUGCUUCUCUGUUUUCAUUUGUUGUUAUUUUAUGCAUGUAGGCUGAUUAGGUUUUAUCUGUGGAAAGCCGGCUAUCAUGGAAAAAUUGUUUAAAUUCGUUCUAUAAAAAUCAAAUCUGGUCAAUUUUUUAUGAUUCUAUUCUCAGAAAUCUCAAUCUAUGCUCGAGUAGAAACAACUUACAUAACGCCCUGUUUAGGAUCCAUUCCGCUCACAAAACUGGUUGAUUCCGCCCGCUAGCUAACCCACCUCCCACAAUGCCAAAAAACCCGGACGCGGAAAAGAACAAUCCCUGCCUGAAGGAGCAGGACCUGGUGCACAAGUGUUUGAACCAGAACAACUACGACAACAGCCAGUGCGAGCUGUACUUCACCAAUUACAAAAACUGCAAAGACUUCUGGUACCGGGUACAGCGGGAUCGGCGUGCCCAAGGGAAGUACCCUUACCUGCCGGAAGUGGCCGAUCGGGAGCACAUCAAGCAGGAAUACAUGAAGACAAAAGUGAGCGGGUGAGGGAGGGGAGUGUUCCAUCAUUAUGUUGCAAUAAAUGAUUAUUUGUUUUUUUGUAA